AAAAACUGGUUUGGAAAUACUAACUGUGGAUUCGAGAAGAUAAUAGCCCCAGCAGCUGUUAUCUGGUCCAGAACCGAUUCAAGAACAUACGUUGAGGAAAGAGAUAGAGCGACUAAAAAGUCCCGAGACAUUGUGGCCACAACACGCCAUGACGGACAUGGACGUCUUUCUGAACACUCCGGAUACAUCUUUACUGUUGGCAGUCACUGUAGGCAUUCUGCUUCUUAUCACAUUCUGGCGGUUCCGCUCUCAGGCCCUGUACACACUUCCGGGGCCAUCCUCACCAUGGAACCCCUUAGGGACAUUUUUACAGGUGGUGAAAAAGGGAAUCACACAGUACGACAUUGAAUGCGCGGAGAAGUAUGGAAAGACAUAUGGUGACUGGAUGGGCAGUGUGUAUUCCAUUGUUACCACAGAUGCCGACAUUAUUCGCGAGGUGUUUGUCAAGGAAUUCAAAGUUUUUCCAAAUCCCGUGUUUCAAUUUAAGUCUCCUCAUGACAUACAGCGAAACGCAUUACCGUUUAUCUACGACUACCCUCACUGGAAGGCUGUCAGAAGUAUUGUCACACCUACGUUCAGCUCCGGAAAACUCAAGCGGAUGUCAGUUUUCAUGGUAGAUUCUAUUGACAGCGUGAUGAAGAAUGUCCUUACAGCGGCUGAUGAAGGAAGAACGAUGGAGAUGAAAGAAAUAUACGGGUCCUACACAAUGAAGGUUAUCUCGGCGGCUGCAUUUGGACUUGAUAUUGACACUCAAAACGAGCCCAACCAUCCAUUUAUUCAGAAUUCGACCAAGGCCAUUUCUGAGAUUCUAGGCAAUCGAAUAACAGUUGUUGCAAAGAUGUUUCCUGUACUAAAACCUUUGACCCCGUUGAUUGGCCUCGUCAGUCGACCAGGACCCUCUCUGCAGUACCUGGACUCCAUUCUGACAUCCACCAUGAAGAACAGGCGGGAAACUGGAGAUUCAAAGCGUAAAGACCUUCUUCAGUUGUUAAUCGAGGCCAAACUAGAGGAUAGCCAAGUCAACCCUCAGGAUCCAACAAACGGAGGAAUCGCCAAGCGAGAUCUCAGCGAUAUUGAGAUACGAGCCCAAGCCAUCGUCUUCAUGUUGGCCGGAUACGAAACAACGGCUACUACUCUGUCGUUCAUGUCGUACCUGCUAGCUAACCAUCCGGACAUCCAGAGACGACUGUGUAUGGAAAUUGACGACGUCUUGGAAGGCAAAACACCUGACUAUGUUAACAUCCAACAAUUGCCCUAUUUAGAAAUGUGCUUGCACGAGAGCAUGAGACUUUUUCCGCCAAUUUUAAGAUUAAGCAGAGGAGCUGAGGAGGACAUUUCUAUUAAGGGUCACUUCAUAUCCAAAGGUACCGGGAUUUCUGUUCCCGUGUACGUUCUUCACAGAGACCCCGAAUAUUGGCCCAACCCUGACAAGUUUGAUCCCGAGAGAUUUUCGCCACAGAAUCAGGACAAGAAUCACCCUUUCGCUCUCAUUCCCUUCAGCGCCGGACCACGAAACUGCGUUGGGAAAAGAAUGGCUUUAGUGGCUGCAAAGAUUGCCAUGGCAACGGUCUUGCAAAAAGUCAGUUUCGAAAUUACUGCUGAAACUCAGGUAUGUAAAGUAAAUUGUGUUCGCGUGGUCGCGGAAUACAAUAAUAUUUGCAGGGGAUGUCUGUCGAGGUAGUCAUUUGUUGUAUAGUAUUCUUAGCAUAGUCAGGAAUAAGAUAGCGACAUUUUUUAAACAUCUCUAAAAAGAUAAGAUCACAUUUUAGACUGCUUAGAAACUACUGAGAACGAGUUAAAGGGACUAGAAUAGAUGCCAAGAAAGUCACGUAGAAAAUGAUCAAAAUUUGAUGUUUUUGUCUUUAGAUCCCUGUCAAGCUGAAGAAGGACAGCUUUAUUUGUACGGCUGAGGGUGGCAUUCAUCUGCGCUUGCGCAGGCGAAGCCUCAUGACGUCAAUUUAAUAUGACAAGGGAAGAAGCUGGAGGUGAUCAUUGGAUACUGAGAUAAAGAAUAAAACUAGACUGCAAGCCUAGAAAUAAGUAGGCUCAGUUGGUUAACGCGCUAGCGCAGCGUAAUGACCCAGAAGCCUCUCACCUAUGCGGUCGCUGUGAGUUCAAGUCCAGCUUAUGCUGGCUUCCUCUCUGGCCGUAAGUGGGAAGGUCUGUCAGCGACCUACGGAUGGUCUUGGGUUUCCUCCGGGCUCUGCCCGGUUUUCUACCACCAUAAUGCUGUCCGCCGUCAUGUAAGUGAAAUAUUCUUGAGUACGGCGUAAAAUACCAAUCAAAUAAAUAAAAUAAAUAAAUAGAAAUAAGUGUUUUACAUUUUUGAAACACCCCUUUGGAGGGAGUGGUACAUGUACAGCCCGUGCUGUUUAUGUUGGACGUGCUUGUAUAUGUUACUGAACGGAGGUUGGCUCAUACCACUUUCUCACGAGAGGAAUUUUUAAAAAUACCUGAACAUAUUUUUAGUCUUGCAGUGUACCAGGAAAAUGCCCUCAGGUGUCUGAUGGUAUUCGGUUGAACUGAGGUAAAAAAAAGUAAUACAAUAUAUAAAAUUCAAUAACCUUGUAAUACAAUAUGCAGUGUGCGCCUGCAGGAAGUAACAGGGACGUUUGUGACAACUAAGAUGUGUUGAUAAGGACAGAUUGGAUCGUAAUUUCUCAGUAUACUCUAAAAAAAUGUUCAAUUGAAAGAAUACUGAUUCCUGUGUGGUACCCGGUAGGAGUAUGUUUUUUGUGCAAAUUUGGACGGAAUUCUCAUGUUCCAACAGAAUUACGUUUGCAGGUAGAAUAGUGUAGGUGUAUUAAGUUGUCACAGUUGUCAUAAUCUGUUUUAGUGUUCCUCAGAAAACGUAAUAUAAUUUACAUUUAAGUGAUUAGUUUUAGAGUGUAGCUACCAUCACACUUGAUCGGUGCAAUACAGAAAUGCGUUUUUUUAUGUUUCUGCAACUGUGUACGUGUGUGUGUUUUUGUCUACGAGGUCUUGCCCAUUACAAGAACGGCAAUGGACGGUGCAUUGGAAGGUGAACAACUGUCCGUUUUUAGCAGC